AUGAAGAAUCACAUAGAAGAAGUCAUCACCCGUAGCCAGGCCGAAAGAGAGGACACGGAGCUGGUGACAGCGGCAACUGCGGCCGCCCCGACAGGUGUGGUCCUGAGGUUCUUUCGCGCUCAAGCGAGCGGUGAACUCGAGAUCAUCCGAGGCAGGAACGUGGCGGGGAGUGAGGGAGCGCUUUUGUUCGACGCGAGGGACAGACGUUCGGGCGCCGGAUAUACUGUGAAAAUUUUCUCCGUCGAAGAUAGCGUCGUCAGAGCCAUCGCUGCGGUGUGGAAAAUAUUCAAGGAUAGGAGCGUCGCAACGGUUCUGGAGGAGCGGUUUGGAUCGAGCAAAAACGCUCUCGAAAGCGGGAUCUUGUUUCCUGUGCUGGGCACGAUGCUGUCUGACGCACCUUCAGUCAUUCGGCCAGGCGGAAAGUAUCCGCGUAUUGCGUUUUUGAACCUCUUGGCAUCCUCCUCGCGUCGCCCACACUCUCGCGGAUAUAUUGCUGGCGGGCCUUACACUCGAGUAAGAAGCAAAAUUUUCAUGCUCACUCGGCGACUGAUCAGAAUCUUCGGAGACCUUGACACGAGCAAGCUUUGCCACGGGGACCUUAACCCGGAUAACAUAGUGGUGAUGGCUGAGACCGAAGAUGUGGCGCUUACGGCGUUCGGCGAGAGCUGCUUGCGCCCGAUGAUCAUCUUUGCCUACGCGGUUGGCUUCAGCAAGGUGCGCCACGACAGCCUGCAGCUGGGAAAUGUGGCUCGCGCAAUCCAUAACGGCGGGUUUACGGCAGGGGCUCUAGACGAAUGCAAUAACAAUCUGUUUUCCUAUGGAGCGGGUGAGAAGAAUGUCAGAAUUCGAGAAGCCAUCACCGGACUUCUCUGCUGUGGCACCUGCAAGCUGCAGACUCCUGCAGACAUUCCUGCUUACAGUUCACUGUUCGGUGCCUAUAGCGUAGCAACUAUUCUGCGCCCGGAACCCGAUCCCAUCAAGUACUUGGCGGUGGACGUGGAUAUCAUGCAGGGAUCCCCGCCUUCCGCGGACGGCUUGGCGCCCCCGGAGGGUCGCCCCCCGGGGGGCGAUGCGCCCAGUGGGGCCGGAACUCCUGCAGGCAGUUUUCCAGUCAAGGCUGAGACGUACCGCUACGCGUCUCAGGCCUUGGUGCAGAACGGAUCUCAACCUGCGUUUCUCAAUUCCAGGUAUCCUCCGCCCUCGUCUUCGCCUUCCUUCUCGCCUUGGCUUCCUCCGAGCCGGGCUCCAACGGCCCCGCCGGCCGCCUAUGCCGCACCUGGCGGAAGCGUGGGGGCCGCCUCCGCGCGUCGCGUGCCUUUUCUGACGCCUGCAGGUGGUGCUCCAGUCUCGCCCUUUUCGGUCUCUUCUCCUUUCCCGUCGGCCUCGCCCUUCGCAUCUCCCGCACCCUCCCUCUCGCCCCCUUCGUCUGUCUCCUCUCCGCUGCCGUCGCCGCCAGUCCAUGCCUCGUCGUUUCGCUCGCCCUCGGCGUCGCUCCCGUCUUCGUUCGCCUCCUACGCCGCGCACAAUCCGUAUCCCUACGGGCCUGCCGCGCAGGAGGAAGAAAAAUUCCGCAGGCCGACCGGCGGCUGGAUGCCGCCGUCCGCGAUCGCCGCGGCCGCGGCUGCGGCGGCCGACGUGUCUCCUCCAUCGGGCCAGUCUCCUCGCGACCUCUCGCCGAUCAAGUGGCAGGGCGCUGACGAGGCAGGCCCGUCGUCCGAAAGCGUCUCGAGUCCCCCUCCGGGGUCUCUCAGUCACGGGGGCGGCGCGCUCCCCUCCGUCCGCGACGGUCGAUCUCCCCAAGGAGACAGCCUCCCCCCGGCGCCGUUGGAGACGCCGCCUCGCCAGGCGUCCGCAGAGCGUGCCGCCGUUGCCUCGCGGGCGCUCGCGACCGCCGCUACGCCUCCAAUGCACGCAGGCAAGCGUGCGGAGACACGUGGCGCCGGCCUCACAGUCUUCGAGGUGGCGGAGGGGGGCUCAGCCCCGGGCGGAGCGACCCCGCCGGAGGCGAGCGAAAGGAGGAGCGACUCGAAAGGAGAGACUUCGUCCCACGAGGCUUCUUCGCACUCUUGCUCGACGCCUGCUUCGUCUGUCUCUGCCGCGUCGUCGUCGGCCCCGUCUUUGCCUUCUCCAGCGGCAGCCUCCGGUGCCGCCGAGGCCCCGGCGAAUGCACUGAAGCGUGCGGCGUCCCACGUGCCUGCAGCCAAGUCCCCGCCACCUCUGCCGGCUUCUGUGCGCUCUCCGGUCAACACGAGGCGGCAGAUGCCUUCAAACAGCAACCCGAGACGUCCUUCGCCUUCGUCCUUCUCCUCGUAUUCCUCGCCGGGAGAGAGUUCGCAGGCGCUCGAGCGCGGGUUGCCGCCUCGCCCGUCCCCGCCCUCGGCGCCGAGCGAGAAGAUGGAAGACGUCGCGCUGGUGCUGCUUCGUCAGCAAGAGAAAGUCCUUGACCUCCUGAGGCGACGGCGCGAGGCCUCCGCUGCCUGUCUGCGGCUUUUAAAAGAAGAGGUGGAGGACGAAACGAGGCGCGUGCAACAGCUCGAGAUGCGCGUGCGGUGGCGGGCCCAACUUCUCGCGGAGACGCGCGGCUGUGGUCGAGGCCACUGCGGCGAGCUGCUGAAGAGGCAGCGCGACAAAACGAGCGACGGGCGGCUACCAAAGAGUGGACACGCGACCGCAGGGGGGCACGUGAAGUCGCUCGAGGAAACUCGUGGAGACAGGAGCCACGAAGGGAGUCACGACCUCAGUGCGACUCCGCCAGGCGCGACGUCGACCCCUGAGGCGACGGUGUGCGCGGCGGCGUGCCCGCCUGCCGUUGGCGUGUUGGCCUCGGGCGCGCCUGCUGCGGCCUCUGGAGCCUCGAGCUCCUCGAGUUGCUCGACAGACGGCGAACACGAGACAGCAAAAGGCGGGGGGCCUGUUGGGAACGCGAUAUCCAAGGAGCUUGUUCGCAGCGACCAAUCACAAGGCGAUGCACACGGAAUAGGCACCGAAGCGGCAGAGACACGGGGCGACAGGGACGGCGACAAGCGGGUGGGGGCGGGCGAAGAGAGAGGCGAGGGCUGUAAAGGAGGUGCGGCGGCCCUGAGGGCCGGCGCACACUCGGACGACGACUUUGAGGAGGCAGAGGACGACUGCCUUUCGUCUGCAUUCGACGCCUUUCUUCAGAGGAAAAUCCUGCAGACCAGCGUCCUCCGCGCUGCAGGCGAGGGGCGGUGGCAGAUAGUUCCGGUGCGCGAGGGCCCGUCGGCAAAGAGGAUGAAGCCGACCGCGGAGGCGACGAAGGAAACCAGGCUUGCCGAGGGCCUCGCGCGUCCGCGGAGCGAGGAGCCAGAUGCGAAGCAGCCGUCAGUUCCCACCUGCUCUGCGCCCUCGUACGAGGCGAGUCCUGGGCAAAGGGCGGAACGAAAUGGGCAGGAAGGCGGGUCACGCGGCGGGCAGCAGAUGGAGACCGCAGAGACGCCGCGCAGCCAAGGCGCCCAAGGGUCGCUGUCGGGGGCGUGUGGAGAUGUCGAUGAAUCGAGCGGCCUGCCGCGCGCCGCGGCGGAGUGCGAAGGCGGCAGCACGAGCGUGGAAGAGGAAGCAGCAAUCGGCGUAACGCGCCCUGCGUCUGCGGCUGAAACGCAGCCCGAUGCCUCUUCUCUCCCUCUUACGAGUGACGUUCCGCUUCAGCUGCUGUGGAUUAGUGCAGAGAAGCUGCGGAAACGAACCCGGAAUGACGCGGAGACUUCAGCGGCGGCAGCGGAGGUGGGCGAGGCGUCGGCGCCUCGGCAGGAGACCGAAGGACACUCAGACGGCACAUCACCCGGCGCUCAGACUGAGACCGAGCAAGCGCGCCUCACUGCUCCCUCUUCCGCUGCCUGCUCGCCUCCCUCUUCUUCGAGCUCGAUCUCAUCUCGUUACCUCAAUCGCCUCACGAUCGCCCUGUCGACAUUCACCUGGCGGGAUCCGCCGUGGAGUUUCGAUGUCUUGUCGUCACCGUCCUCUGCGCUCUCUUUCGCGUCGUUGGCGCCUGAAGCGGCGUCUCCGCCGCCCGCCGAGCACAGUCCUGCGUCUGCUUCCACGGCGUCCCCUUCGCGGGCGCCGUCAGGCUCGACAGUCAAGGACGCGGGGCGCCUCUUUCGCUGGGAACGCGUCAAUGAAGCCGGUGAAGAGACUGCGGAGACGCUCGACGACGGCGAACGCGAGAGGGCGUGUCUGGCUCUUCUUCAGGACCAAGAAAGUCACCUGGCGCAGACCGAGGCUCUGGAGGAGCGGCGCGAGCAGCAGUACAAACACGCACUCUCAGAGUAUCGGGCUCGGUUCUACAAACUGCGUCUUCAGCAGCUCCACGAGACCUCGCACGUCGCCGCCUUAUCCCACAUGUGGCUUCCGACUGGCGGCGCGCCGUUUUCCCCCUUCUCUGCCGCCUCGAGUUGUCGGUCUUCUCUGCUUGCUCAGAGCCCGCUCGCGCCGCUGCCGCCCGCGCCUGCCGGCGACGUGUUUGCGUCGUUCUAUCCGUUCGGGCAGCCGCUCGCCCAGACUAGCGCUGCGGCGGGCCCGCCGGCGUACGGGCUCGGGGCGCCGACGGUGGCGGCCUUCGCAGGUCACGGCGUUGGCCAAGAGGUGGUAGCCGCGGCUGCACACGCCCCUUUCGCAUCCUUCGCGUCUCUGCGCGAGAGUGCAGCGCCUCUGCAUGCGGGCCCUUCAGACUCUGCGGCCGCUGCGUCGCGGCCUGCAUGUCCAUCGGUUUCGCCUCUCGCUCGAGGCGCGGCAGAAGAUGGCAGCGCUUUCGUUCGAGGGGCGCUCGGUGCAGGCGCAGCAGCGGGGCUGCCGGAAGGGAGCGCGGUGCCGGCGGGUGGGCCUGCCGACGGCUUGGGGGAGGCAAAGAUGAUGCGAGGCCGGGAAGGAUCUGUCGGGGGCCCGUUCCCUACUUCUGGGAUGCAGGUGCCGCCUCCGCCGCAUGCGCUGGUCUGGGCGCGCGGAGGCGAGGAGCUCGCUGUGAAAAAUCUGCUGGCGCAAGAGCACAUGGGAGGCGACAAGAAAAAGAGGAAAACCGCCUUCGUCAGGCCGGCCGCUGUGCGGCAGGCCGCUGCGCGCCAGAGGCAACAGCAGCGGCAGCGGCAGAAACUUGCGCGGCUGGAGCAAGAGCGGAAAAGGCAAGAAGAAAAAAAUGCGCUCAGAGAAGCGGGUGCGCUUCAGAGUUUCAGCCAUCCCGAAAGCGUGCGUCCGGUCUUGUCUGGAGGAGACACCCACCUGAAAUUGCCGCUCGGGUCGCCGGGGGCAGCCACCGCCGCACUCCAAGAAGGUUCACUGGCUCUGGGCAGCCGCGCCGUGCGCAGCGGAGACAUCUGCCUCCUUGCGGGGUCCGUUGACAAGCGUCCAGGCCCUGCGCCGUCGGGCCUUGGGGCGUGGCCGCCGCUGGCUCCACAGGCACCAUCCGCGCUCUCUGGGGCGGCAGUGUAUCCGCACGCGUCCUCUUCCUUGCCUUUGCCUCAAGCGCCUCUGCUGUCGCCGGCGCGGUCGCCGCGACGCGCCAGCGCCGAGGGCGGCGGCGCCUCGGCGAAGGGCCGCGGCUCGCGGCGAAAAGGCGAGACUUCGGCAGCCUCUACGCCUCGUGCGACCCCGGGGGCUUCGCCCUUCGGGUCCGCUGUGAACGGCGCCGGGCUCUUUGGCCCGCAGGGGGACGCUCGUUCUCCGGUCGCGGCAGCCGCAGGUUCGCCGAGCGCGGCCCGCACGGCGGGGGGCGACUCGCUGGGCGCCUCGUCGCCUGUGUCGAGCGCGUGUGGGCGAGGCCUUCCAGAGGCCAGGGUGAGGCGUGGAGACGGCGAGGCUGCGAAACGAGCCGGCGCAGCCGGAGCGGCGCGGUCGCAGAGCCGGACAAAGGCCGAGGGAGAGGCUGGCGAUGGUCGCGAAAAGGCGCGGAAAAACCGGAAAAACGCUGCUGAGGAUCCAGAGGCCAACGGGGGCGGCCGACGCGAAGGCCCCGACGGCAGGGCACGGGACUGA